AUGAAAGUGUUUGUAAAUAGUUCGUUUUUAGGUAUGCUCAGACAUUCAAAAACAAUUAAUGUAGUUAUUUCUCGCUCCAUAAAAAAUUUUGGACACAAACGACAGCCAGUUCCUAUUAUAACGACUUUAUGGCAUGGGUUUCUAACUUUUACGUUUAUUGGAUUAGUACUGGAGUGGAAAAAAAUCAAAAUGCUCAUAUUCGGAGAUGCAUUCGAUACACCUAUGUUACAAGAAUCAGUAGAAUCUAAUGAUAAUCUGAAGUAA